AUGAAUUCAAGAGUGGUAUUCACUAGAGAUUUUUCCGGAGAAAGUGAUUCUGAAUAUCAAGAUAAAAGUUUAGGAACUACAACUGAAUCUCGAAAGCUUUACACCAGAAUCCGUAUAACCAAUGCAGAUCCCACUUUAAAAAGAAAUUUGUCAGAUGAAGUUCAAGAUAAAAGCGAUCCUGUUCUGUCCUACAUGAGGGGGGGAUUGGCCAAGCACGAAGUAACCGAUAAUGAGAGUUUUGAUAAUUGGGGAAAUAUUAUCAUAUGGGUUGAUAUCUUAGCUCCAAAAAAUGAAGACUUCGUGCAAUAUCAAGGUCAUAUUGACGGCCACUUGAUAAGAAAAGUAACAGAGGAUGGAAUAGCCAAGGGAAUUGGACUUGGUCAAAUGCACGUAUGGAUUUACGGCCUGUUGAUGGAUGGAAAGUACGAUGGUUCAAACUACGAGUUUGGGCUUGUAAAGGUUGAUGAAAGGCUUUUUUGGUCGAUAAGGAUUCUGCACUUAGGCUUAUUCAAAAUGUUGUUUAAGGUGGAAUUGACAGAAAACUCAACCAUAGACAUUGACGAGUUUUUUGUAGAAGAUUUGGAGCGUUUUUAUAAGGAGAGCAUUGAGCAUAGGAAGAAGGAAGAGAAAUGGAAAUUGGAAAAGACGAGAUAUAUGCAUCAGAUUAAUCUGCUAAACGACAAAAAGGAAAUAGGGAAGCUUGGUAACAGUGUUAGAUUGAUGAAAAAUCGAAUAACCAAUUAUUUUCUUCCCUUGGUAAACUCAUUACUCGAAGAUAAGCGGGAGUUGGUGGAAAAAAUGGAUGGUAAGGAUGAUACUUUUUUCACCAGUACAAGGAAAAGGAAAACUGACAAUCUCGAUAAUGAUAUGAAAGGAGUUAAGAUGGAAGAAGAAGUUCAACAGGGUAAGAAAAUGAAUGAUGAUGAUGAAGACUUGGACUGGAUGCAAAGAGAGAGAAAUAAACGUAUGAAACUUCUCAAUUACACCCCUAAAAUGAUUGCUGAAACAAGUGAAACUCGACCGUUGGAGAAUUCUCAUGUCUCUUCUACCACAGAUGACUCGCUGGUGUUUAAUAAAAGAGGCAGGAGCUUUAGGCCUGACACGCAACAGGAUACUAGCGAAGCUACUGCAAAUUCAGGCAAGAAGGAGACUAGUAGGGAUAGCAGUGUCAUCCUUGAAGAAGAAACACAAGCUGAUGAGGCGACCGACGUUUCUCAGGAAAAGAACAUUGAUUUGACGGACACGAGCGGAGAAGUUACAGAGAUUUCAGAUUCAUGA